AUGGCGAGCAGGACCUCAUCCGCUGCUCAAAGGCCUACGGCAGCUUCGUCUAUUCCCAGGCCACCGUUGAACGUCCAUCCGGCUGCUACGAUCUCAGAAACGGCAUACUUCCAGGGCACUCACCCGAUAUCCGUGGGAGCAGGAACUGUUAUUCACCCGCGCGCAAAGCUCCUCUCCUUCAAAGGCCCCGUCAGCAUCGGAGAAGGAUGCAUUAUUGGCGAGAAAUCUGUGAUAGGAGGGCCUGUUGCCAGUAACUCAGGCCUGUCUACUCCUACAACCCCGUCAGCAACAGCUACCGCCGCGCCUCUUGACUUUGCUGCCGGCCUCGAUCCUUCGUCUUCACCGUCUCCCGGGAAAACUGUUACGAUUAUAGAAAAUUCCGUGAGCAUCGGGCCCCUCGCGACAAUAUCUGCAGGCUCCCAUAUACAUUCCGCCGCCGCGAUCGAAUCGUCGGCAUUUCUAGGCAAGGAUGUGAAGGUGGGAAGACAUGCUAAGGUCUGCACAUCUUGCUCGAUACCAGAAGGGGAUACAAUUGAAGACUGGACGGUUAUAUGGGGUGAUGGGAAGGCUGGUGGAGGCCUGGGGAACAAGCUGAAGAGGCGGAAAAGGGCAGCUGGAAAAGGUGAUGACGAUAGGAAUCUACAUGGAAUGAACGGUGGAUUGGUGGAAACAGGUCGGCUGGUAGCAUUGAACCGGGAGAGAGAAAGCCUGACGAGGCUGAUUGGGAUAGGUGCUGGGAAGAGGAGAUAG